GAAUUUACUAGGGAGACCAGCAAUCUUAUGGACAAUAAACGCAAACAGCCAAACCACAAUGCUUGAAAGUUAUUGCAGCCUUGCCAAAGAGAUUGGUCUGACUGAAGAGGCAAAGGUUGCGAAUCAGGAGCUAUCGCUUCUCAGCAGAACUUCGGAGGGACGACAACACCAAAUCAAUCUGCAAAAUCAGUGUCAAAAAAAUGCAUAUGAUGAAGCGCUGAAUCAAAUCUACGAAGAAGUUAGGAAGAACCUCAGACAUCACAGCCCGUGGGUACUUUUGGUAAAAGGCCCCAGUGAGAACAUGCCAAGCAGGUUUUGGCCGCAACCAGGAGAUCCAAAUGUUGGAAAUGGUCUAGUCGUUAUGACCACUCAAUAUCCAAGGCUACUGGCCAAAGAAGGAGGCGACCAUUCUCUGGAGAAAGUGUUAAUUGGUAAGAUGAAAAACGAAGAUGCAGUUAAAUUUCUUGCAGCCAAAAGUGGAAUCCCUGCGAAUGGUGCUGAUAAGACGUAUGCUCAGGACAUAGUUGUCAAAAAGUUAAUGUGCCUUCCCCAAGAUAUAGCAAAAUUUGGAGAAUUCAUAAGAGAGUACAACGAAGAGACCAACAAAAAAUUAACUUACGCAGACUUAUGGUCGUUAUUGAAAACGGAAACAGCAACAUUUUCUGAGUGUAUGCUGAUCAUGGAAAUGAGUCGCGUAAACCAAACAGAGCUUUUAAAAUUCAUGGCAUGCUGCUCGAUUGAGCACUACACACCUUUAAAAAUUCUGGAGAGGUUUUUUCAAAAGGCAGCAGAAGCAGCAAAAGAGAGCUCGUUUGUAAAAGUUUCCGAUCGGGAUGAAGUUAACGUGGUAACUAUACAUCCAAGAGACCACGCUACUCUCAGGGAUUUACUCAGCCGGCAAGAACAAUCACCAGAACAAAAUUGGAUGGAAGUUAAACUUAGUUGGCUGUCUAAAUGCCUGUUUGAAAAAAAUGCCAUCGACAUCACUACUCCGAAGUUGUCAGGUCCUGAUGUCUCGGAAGUAAUCAAAUGUUUAAGCAGUGUAUGCAAAGACGCUUUACAGCGGUGCAGGGAUGAAGACUUUGCAAUGCUACGCCUCACAUUGCCUCACCUAAAGGAAGCUGUCAAGCUGAGCAGCAGACUACCAGAAAAAGAGCUUGAAUCUCUGUCUAUGGCUAAUGGUCACGCGUGUCUUGGCGAGAGUUUACUCUACUCUGGUGAGUCUGCAAAAGCACGGAGUCAUUUAGAGACUGCACAAUCUCUGUUCAAGAAUUACAAGGGCCCAGGGAAUGUGCAGCUAGACUUGGCCAAUGUGUUACAUUUUCUUGGAGAGGCUUGCAGUAACAGUCAUCUGGGAAACCCUCAGACAGGCGAAAGGUACCUAAGAGAGGCUUUGAAAGAAAAACUGGAGUUGUUCGGUGGCAGAGCACAUCCACAAGUUGCGUUCACUCUACAAAGUCUUGGAAACGUUUUGAACGAGCUGGGAAAACAAUCUGAAGCGAUUAAUCACAUCAAGAGAGCUCUAGAGAUAUACGAUGAAACUGGGAACUACGAGCAAGAGUAUGGGUAUACCCUAAGUGCUUUGGGGUCUUCAUACCGUUACCUUGGUCAGUACAUUCAAGCAGAAGACUGCCUAAAGAAGGCUCUGAAGAUCUUCAGAUCCGUUCAUUCACCAAGCAAUCUCAGGGUAAUUAACUGCGUUACUGAGUUACAUCUACUGGUUAUAUAUCAUUAGCGACACAACAGUAACCAUUAACGUCAGCAUAAGCAAAAGAGGAACAAGAAGAUCCCAUACAAAUACGUAAAGCUAAGUACAAGAAAAGGAUCAAAAUGCUUUUAUUCUUGUGCUGCAGUGGUAAGCGUUUGUAUGGAUUCUUGUAUGCGUCGCACGUGAAAACCAGGCUUAAUUUCGCUUUGUCUUUUAUUGUAACUAACAUAGUCGUUCUCUUCUACUUCCUUAGUUACAAAUUCUAUGGUGGCUCAUCAAUACCAUGUGCCUUUUGGCGUCUUAACGCUUCAUUUAGUGAAAAUAUCUCAGAAACAUACGUUUUUCCGUCCUAUUUAUAUUUUUGUUUUUAUUUCAUUACGCAACUCUACACCACUUAAAAGUUUUUUGUUUAUAUCGUCGGACCCUGAAAGAACCGCUAACUAUUCAUAGCAAUUUCCCAUAUUUAUCAUUUAUCAUUAUUAAGAAAAUUCUUCUUUUGAUGUCGGUUUAA